UCCUUGUUUAUAAGACUUGCCACCAGUGUUCAACGAAUAUAGUAAACGAAGAGAGCGGAUUAUGAAGGUGACACGGAUCCUAAAGUGCUUGGAAGCUCUGUGCAACUUUCGGCCGGAAUCUGUGUUAGCGGCAGCUAACGGCGCCAGCUGUCGGGGGCGGUCCUCCGAGGGCUAGAAGACCCAUCUCUAUGGUCAAGCAAACCGGGAGCGGUCCUCUCUUCCUCACGUGGGGGGGCUGCGCAUGAGCAGUAGCCGCUGCUCGGGAAACAUGGCGGAGCAAGAGCAAAGAAAAAAGAUCCCUUUGGUUCCAGAAAAUCUCCUGAAAAAGAGGAAGGCUUAUCAGGCCCUUAAAGCCACUCAAGCAAAGCAGGCGCUUUUGGACAAGAAGGAGCAGAAUAAAGGAAAAAAGCUCAAGUUUAAGCGACUGGAGUGGUUCCUACAUGAUUCCUGGCGGCAGCAGCGUGACAGGGUGCGCCUCAGACGCCUGGAAGUGAAACCUCAUGGCUUAGAAGUGCCAGAUAAACAUUCCUUGGCCUUCAUUGUACGCAUCCAAAGGAUUAAUGGGGUGAGUUCACUGGUACAGAGGACCAUUGCAAGGCUGCGCCUGAAGAAGAUCUUCAGUGGUGUCUUUUUCAGAGUAACCCCCCAGACCAUGAAGACACUGCGGAUAGUGGAACCUUAUGUGACCUGGGGUGAGAAGAUUUUUUGGGUAUUUCCAAAUCUGAAGUCUGUCCGGGAACUCAUCUUGAAACGUGGACAAGCCAAGGUCAAGAAUAAAACCAUCCCUUUGACGGACAACACAGUGAUUGAGGAGCAUCUGGGGAAGUAUGGUGUUAUUUGCUUGGAAGACCUCAUUCAUGAAAUUGCCUUUCCGGGGAAGAAUUUCCAGGCCAUCUCUGCGUUCUUACGUCCUUUCCACCUCUCAAUGGCCCGACAUGCUACCAAGAAUAGAGUGGGCUUCCUCAAGGAAGUGGGCUUACCUGGCUAUCGAGGUGAACGCAUCAAUCAGCUCAUUCGGCAGCUGAAUUAAACCCAGAAUAUCUGGAAGCACAGUGCAUUGGUGGCAUGUGUUUUGUCUUCUGGAAUUGUUACCAGUAUCUUCAAAGAAGAUUAUUUUCUGCUAUAUCUUCAGAAACUAGAGAGAGGGUCAAGGAAAAGAUGAUGAUGCUCCUGGCAGGCACUUCUGACCACAGCAGUUUCAAGGAAAAAUUUCAGUGUAUUUUCCACGUUGCCUGCCACUGCCACCUCUCAAAUCAGCAGAGGACUCAUGCCAUAGAAGGAGUCCUGCUGCAUCACAUCUUCUGGUCUGAGGUUUAAUGGUGAACGAAUACCCAAACGUGAAUGGAAGACGGCAGUGGACCAAGCUCAGGGACAUACUUGAACCUGGGGGUUCUGGGGCCUUGUUUUGGACAGACCUUGAAAUAGUUACAAAGAAGAGCACAAAAACAGUGCUCAGCUGUCUCUGCUGUGAGUCCAUGUCCUUUUUGGUGACAGCUUUGCGAGUUCUCACACUUGGCUGGCCCCUGAAGUGUAUUUGGUGGCAUCCUUCACCUAGCCUGCCAUUGGCUUGGUCCAUUGCUUUAGCUCAGGAUCUUAACCUGUUCUUGGGUCUCUGAGAAGGGAAUAGCACUUUUCCCAGAAAACCCAUACACUCAGAUUUUUGCUUGGAAGUUUUUGUAUGUUCAUAGACUCUUCUUAGGGAUCCAUGCACCUAUGUAAGGAAGUCCUGCAAUACCUGGAUUGGUCACCUAGGCCCUGACAUUGUUAGUCUUCUCUGGUCUCAUGGCCUGUGGAAGACCAAAGCUUACCAAGAUAGCUUUUCCCCUUGAAUCCAAUUGGGUGUUUCCUAGGAACACAGUGGUAGGGCAGCCCGGGUGGCUCAGCGGUUUAGCACCACCUUCAGCCCAGGACGUGAUCCUGGAGACCCAGGAUCAAGUCCCACAUCAGGCUCCCUGCAUGGAGCCUGCGUCUCCCUCUGCCUGUGUCUCUGCCUCUCUCUCUCUCUCUCAUGAAUAAAUAAAAUCUUAAAAAAAAAGAAAGUGGUAGGGAUGCCUGGAUGGCUCAGCAAUUGAGCUCUGUUUUCAGCUCUGGGUGUAAUCCUGGAGUUCAGGGAUCAAGUCCCACAUCAGGCUCUCUGAGGGGAGCCUGCUUCUUCCUCUACCUGUGACUCAGCCCCUCUCUGUCUCUCAUGAAUUAAAAAAAAAAAGGAACACUGGUAGAUUUCCUGAGCCCCAUGUACCAUCUACCUCUGAGAAAUGCCCACCAUUUGUUUCUGCUGGGCUUCAGGAUGGAAUUUUCUUUGUUUGGAAUGGAUGAAAGUAGUACUGUUAGGUCUUGUAGGCUUCAGGCAGGCUUAAUUGGACCCUCUCCUUGCAUAGUCUAGACUUCAACAAAAGUAUUGCUGUCUACCCUGCUGGUAACAAUGUAGUAGACCAACACUAGGGCUCUUGGGGUCAUGAGACCUAGAAAACGGGGAUCUGAUCUUGCUUGUGUUGAUCAUCUGUGUCACUUUGUUGCUUCAGUUGCCAUCUGAAUAGUUGGUGAAGGUGUGCCAGCAUAGGUAAGACUUGAAAACACAACCGUUGUGUUCCCUGGUCCCUUAAAGGAUCAGCUUUGCCGUACUUUUGGCUCAUUCAGCCCUCAAACGUAACCGUGAGGUUGAGUUAGAAAUACAACAAUGCCUUAAAAUGUGCCAGAUUGUGAGGUAAUUAAUUAGGUUGGUUGGCUCAAGAGAACCUGCCAGGAAUAGAUGUUAGAGCUUACACUUAAACUUUAAAGCAUUGUGAAAUCAAAUUACUUUUAAAUGAUGUAAGGAAAAGCUAUGGGAAAAGAGCAUUUGUGAAUGUUGGAAGCCCAGGGUUUCUAUCACAGAUCUGUUUUAUACUAAAUAAAGGAAUAUUUCCAUUCUUACCUGCAAAAUGGGGCUAGCUAGUCUAGCAUGUGUGCUUCACAGUUGUUCAAAGGAUUAAGCAAUAUAAUAGCUUUAAACUUAGAAUUCUAUGUAAAUAAGUUAUAAAAGUUAAUGUACUUCUGUGUCAUGUACUAUGAUAUACCAUUCCUUGAACAAGUUGUGGAACUAUAUUUCUGGGGAAAAAAAGAGUCUUAUUGUAUAAUCUGUA